AUGACCUCAUCCUCUUUACCAACAACAACAACAACAACAACAACAUAUUUAACAAUAUUUAGAGUUGGGUAUAUUAGACAAUUAAUAUUCAAACAUGUUGAAGAGAUAUCGGAGCGAAUCUAUUCUCUAGAGAAUAGGUAUUUAAAAGGAAGAGAUAUAAAGGAGUUAGAGUUUCUUGGUAUGAUUACAGAAUAUGCAAUGCCAUGGCAGUUUAUCAAACACUAUUUACCAUCAAGUGACCACUUUUUGUUUGAAAGAAGAAUGAAUACGAUCACUAGAUACUGUUCACAUCAAAAUGCAACAUUGGAUACACUAUUGCAUCUAUUGGAAUGGUCACCAGAUUUUAAUCCCAAUACAAAAGGCUUAUAUCCACCAUACUACCAAGACUUGGCACACAAUAUCGCUUCAAAUGGACAUGUCGAUAUAUUAGAUUACAUGAUCAACAAGUACUCUAAUAACAUUCUGUUUAACUCUUGCCCAGAUGUAGCUGCAGAGAAUGGACAUUUACCAAUGCUAAAGUUAUUAGAGCCUUUUAUUGACUUUGACCAUGAGUGUCUUGAAACGGCUGUAUCCAAUCAACACCAUCCUAUAAUCACAUUUUUGGUAGAUAGAGGUGUAUCAUUCACUGAUCAUUCUUUAGAAUUGGCAUGUCAACAAGGUGAUCUUGAUUUGGUAAAGCUCAUCCAUCAAAAUAGACCCGAUAUCAAUGCAGAUCAAUCGUUUAUGAAUGGAGCUAUUGCAGGUGGUCAUAUUGAAAUAGUCAAGAGUUAUUAUACAGAUGAAGAAGAAACGACCGAUGAUAUGGAUUUAGCAUGUGAAAAUGGACAUUUUUCUAUUGUUGAAUGGUUACAUCAAAAUACAACAGCUGGAUGUACAACUAAAGCAAUGGAUAAAUCAAAUAGUUUACAAAUGAUUCAAUUCCUACAUUACAAUAGAACUGAGGGGUGUACUACUGAUUGCAUGGAUAAUGCAGUUACAAGAGGUGACAUGGAUAUAGUUCAAUUCCUACAUCAAAAUAGAACGGAGGGUUGCACCUCUAAAGCAAUGGAUAGAGCAAAGAGUUUACAAAUGAUUCAGUUCCUACAUUACAAUAGAACUGAAGGAUGUACUACUGAUUGCAUGAAUCAUGCAGUUACAAGAGGUGACAUGGAUAUAGUUCAAUUCCUACAUCAAAAUAGACAAGAAGGCUGUACAACACGUGGGAUGGAUAAUGUAGUUGUUAAUGGUCACAUUGAUAUGUUAAAGUAUCUAUUUUUAAAUAGGACAGAAAGACCUUCAAACCAUAUAAUGAAUUAUGUUGGAGUUGUACAACCCGAACAAAAUGGCUUUGAAAUCAUAAAGUUUCUUUAUGAUUAUUACAAAAUACCUUUUACCGCUGUUUUGAUCAAUAAUUGUUGUACUCAUGGUCGAUUAGAUAUCAUUCAAUAUAUUCAUCAGAGCCUACCAACUUCACCUAUUUGGACAAAAAAAGCAAUGGAUAAAGCAUCAGAGAAUGGAUAUAUUGAUAUUGUCAAGGUUGAGGGAUGUACAACUGAUGCAAUGGAUAAAGCUGCUGAAAGAUAUAUUGACAUUGUAAAGGUUUGUUAUCAUCAUCAUACAAAUCAUUCAAAUCAUCCAUCAAUGGAUAUCCCAAAACAACCAAUAUUAAUCAAUAUUUAUUAUUUUUAA